AUGAAAAUGGAUCCCAACAUGUUGAAAAUUCAUUCCAUGAUAAUAUUGGCUAAUGAGGCUGAAGAUGCUAAAUUUGAGAAACUAUUUUGCGACCCUGGUAAAACCAAUUCGGAAAUAGUGGACAUGGUUAACGUAUGCGAAAAUAAAUACAGGAGUACCAUGUCGGCUGAAAUGAAAGCUCUUGAUGAUAAAAUUGAAAAUGUUUGUCAUAAAGGUUGUAUGGAAAAAGCCAGUAAUAUGAGCGCUUAUACGAUGGUAGAUCUGACCAAGCCCGUUUUAAAGACCAGAUUGAUCGAUGAGUGCGACUCUGUUUACUUCAAAUGUAUCACCAAGCUCAUUGAGAACGAUUCUAAGUUAGCCCAAGAUGUUGACAAACUAGAAAAGCUUGAGAAUAAAAAAGAGACUAAUGAAUUUGAUUUCGAUAACUAUGAGAUCAGAUGCACUAUGAAUGCUGUCGUCCAAAAGCCGGAAACUUCUCACAGAAGCAUUCAUCAAAUAGCAUUAGCUAACGAUUCCGAUGAUAUCGAUGAUGGUAAAACCGAUUCGACUAUUGUGGCCAAAAUUAAUGAUUGUGAAGCAAAAUACAGGAAUGCUGUGUCAAGCGAACUGAAAGACCUCGAUAUUAAAAUUGACAACACUUGUCGUAAAGAGUGUAGCGCUAAGGCGGGUGAUAUGAGCGCUUAUACCAAGGUGGACCUGACCAAGGGUGAUUUAAAAUUCAGAUUAAUUGAGGAGUGCGAUCCUGGUUAUUUGGAUUGCAUAACCAAACUCAAUGAGACCGAUGCAAAGUUUAGGGCAGAUGUGAAGAGAAUGGAUGAGAUAGAGGAUCAAAAAGAGAAAGAUAAAAUUGAUGUACUGUUUAUAAUCAAAUGCAUAAUGGACGCUGUUAAACAACGAUCUAAUCAGUUUGUAUUUGCUGAGGAUGAGAUUACAAAACUACUGUGCGAUGCUGGUAAAAUAGAUACCGAUAAAGUGGCCAAAGUUGGAACAUGUUACACUAAUUUAAAAAAUACCCGCUCGACCGAAAUGAAAACUCUUUAUGAAAAAACGGACAAAGCUAUUAAGAAAGAGUGUGUAGGAAAAGCCGGUGAUAUGAGCAAGUUCAAAAAAGUUGAUUUAACCAAGACUGAUUUAAAGCAAAUGUUAAUAGAAGUGUGCGAUAAGAGCUAUGAUAAAUGUAGUGAAGCGCUCCAGGAGUCCGAUAAAAAGUUACAUGAUAACAUGGAAAAGAUUUUAAAAUCCAUGGAUGAAAAAGAGUUUGAAAAAUUCGAGAAAUGCGCUUUGGAUGCACUUAAAAAAUAA